GAGAGCCAGACACAGAAAGAGAAGAGGAGGCUCCACACACAGCCAAGCAGGCUUCCCGGCCGGACGUGGCAUCACGCGGCCCCUAACCAAUCAGUGCAGAGCGUGGUCUUCGCUCUGGCCCCCCCUCCCCCAAGCACCACCUCUUCUUCAGCAGCUACAUGCUCCGCGCUGGCGAUCUUCCUUGGAAAAGGACUCCUGCUUCUUUCUACUGCUGGGGCUGCUUUUUGUUCGAGUUGCCUUUGUUGACGCCGCUGCUCUAAGAAGCACCGAACUGUCCGAGGCAAUCCUGCAGCCUCCUAUAAAGCGCAGCAAGGAAAGAAUGCGUUGUCUCGAAUUCUUCUCACCCUUUUGUUAAAAGGGAACAUUUUUAGCAGUGCAAGUUCUGGCUGGCCAACCGAAUUAAACCGAGCCUUCAUUCAGCUGAUCUGUCCCAAGGGGGAAGAAAAAAGAAAAGGUUGAUCAUUGGUGGUUUGUAGUACCGUUCAAGAAGACCCCGUGCCUAGCCGGCUGAGCCUGGCUCGCGCGGCCGGCAUCCCUCGGCAAAGCAACAGAGCGAUAAGUCAAUCCGCGAAUCCAUUAACGGAAAUGGCAUUCAUUCUCUAAAUGCCUGCCUACAGGCAGUAACGGACUGGAUGAGGGUGAACAAAUUGAAGCUGAAUCCAAGCAAGAUGGAAGUGCUCAUUGUGGGGGCUCAGAAUCUGAGGGUAAAACAAAUCAAGUAAAAUCAACCAUCUGCUGUACAUGGAUGAUCUGAAGCUGUAUGGAAAGUCCCAGUCAGAAAUCGAAUCACUGCUAAACACUGUCCGUAUAUUCAGUAGCGAUAUAGCAAUGGAGUUUGGACUAGACAAGUGUGCUGCAUUAAUAAUGAACAGAGGGAAAAUAACAAAAACAGAAGGCAUAGAACUGCCCAAUGGAAGCAAGAUCAAGAACCUGGAAGAGAAAGAACAUUACAAAUACUUGGGCAUUCUCCAGGCUGAUAACAUCGCACACACUGAAGUUAAAAGAAAAAUUGGAAGUGAAUACAUCAGGAGAGUUAGAAAAAUCCUAAAGUCCAAACUCAAUGGCAGGAACACCAUACAAGCCAUAAACACCUGGGCUAUACCUGUUAUCAGAUACACUGCAGGAAUAAUAGACUGGACCCAGGCAGAGCUAGAGACGCUGGAUCGUAAGACCAGGAUAAUAAUGACCAUCAAUCAUGCUCUGCACCCCCACAGUGAUGUCGAUAGGCUAUACCUCCCUCGCAGCUCAGGUGGAAGAGGAAUGCUGCAAGUCCAUCAAACAGUAGAGGAGGAGAAAAGAGGCCUUGAAGAAUAUAUCAAGGACAGUGAAGAAGAUGCACUUCAAAUGGUCAAUAAUGCGAAACUAUUCAACACCAAUGAAAGAAAGCAGGCUUACAAGAAAGAACGAGUCAAGAACCGAGCAGAAAAAUGGAAAAAUAAGCCACUACAUGGUCAAUAUUUGCACAAUAUAAGUGGAAAAUCAGACAUCACCAAGACCUGGCAAUGGCUUAAGAAUGGCAACUUGAAGAAAGAAACAGAGGGUUUAAUACUGGCUGCACAAGAACAGGCACUAAGAACAAAUGCAAUAAGAGCAAAAGUCAAAAAAUCCACAACAAACAGCAAGUGUAAAGAAGCAGAUGAAACUUUGAUGAAAGUAAAGAUGAAACUUUGUAAAGAAGCAGAUGAAACCGUGGACCACCUAAUCAGCUGUUGUAAAAAGAUCGCACAGACUGACUACAAACAAAGGCAUGACUAGGUAGCAGGGAUGAUACACUGGAACAUCUGCCAAAAAUACAAGCUACCUGUAGCCAAAAAUUGGUGGGACCAUAACAUUGAAAAAGUUGAAGAAAAUGAAGAUGUAAAAAUAUUAUGGGACUUCUGACUACAAACAGACAAACAUCUGCCACACAAUACACCAGAUAUAACUGUAGUCGAGAAGAAAGAAAAACAAGUUAAAAUAAUCAAUAUAGCAAUACCAGGGGAUAGCAGAAUAGAAGAAAAAGAAUUAGAAAAAACCACCAAAUACAAAGAUCUACAAAUUGAAAUGGAAAGGCUGUGGCAGAAAAAGACCAAAAUAAUCCCAGUGGUAAUUGGCGCCCUGGGUGCAGUUCCAAAAGACCUUGAAGAGCACCUCAACACCAUCGGGGCCACAGAAAUCACCAUCAGCCAAUUACAAAAAGCAGCUUUACUGGGAAUACCUAUAUUUUGUGACGAUAUCUAUAAUAACCAACAGUUUUGAUGAUAAAAUUCAGCCAUCCAAGGUCCUUGGGAAGGACUCGAUGUCUGGGUAAAACAAACCAGUCAAUAACACCUGUCUGACUGUCUAAACAAGAAAUAAUAGUUGUUGUUUUAAAAUGUUUUUAAAUUGUUAAUUGUUGUUAUAUUGUUUUUAAUUUUUGUUUUAGCUCUUUACUGUUUUAAUGGUUUGUUUUAAUUGUAAACUACCCUGAGCCAUUUUGGAAGGGCGGUAUAAAAAUCAAAUAAAUAAUAAUAAUAAAUAAUAGCAAUAGCACUUACAUUUAUAUACCGCUCUAUAGCUGGAAGCUCUCUAAGUGGUUUACAAUGAUUUAGCAUAUUGCCCCCAACAUUUCUGGGUACUCAUUUUACCGACCUCGGAAGGAUGGAAGGCUGAGUCAACCUUGAGCCCCUGGUCAGGAUCGAUCUUGCAACCUUCUGGUUACAGAGCGGCAGUUUUACCACUGCGCCACCAGGGGCUAAUAAUGCAAGCAGGCAGGUGCUCUUCCCAGAGCGGCCCCAUCCCCUGAGGGGGAUAUGUUACAGGGAGCCAGUGUGGUGUAGUGGCUAGAGUGCUGGACUAGGACCAGGGAGACCCGAGUUCAAAUCCCCAUUCAGCCAUGAUACUAGCUGGGUGACUCUGGGCCAGUCAUGUCUCUCUCAGACUAACCUACUUCACAGGGUUGUUGUGAGGAGAAACCUAAGUAUGUAGUACACCGCUCUGGGCUCCUUGGAGGAAGAGUGGGAUAUAAAAUGUAAAUAAAUAAAAUAAUAGUAAUAAAUAGUCUCCCAUCCAAAUGCAAAGCAAGGUGAAACCUGCUUAGCAAAGGGUACAGUUCAUGCUUGCUGACCAGCUCUCCUCCCUUCUGCUCUGUGUAAGGAACUCUGUGAGUGUCUCCCUGGAGACACUCUAGGCCAGCACUCCAACUGAAAACAUUUCCUCCUUGUUCUCUCUUCUCAGAAUAGGAGCUGAGGAGGGGGCCGAGCUGAGUGAGGGUGGUUCCAGGUUGCACUGCUGCUGGGGAAAGCUUGGAUAAGCUUAGUAGCUGACUCCUCCUCUUUCCUUUUGUGGAAGCUGAUGGGAGGCUUGGGCCAAGGAGAACAGGAGGUAGCUGAAACUAGCUUGGCUAUCUAAAUUGUGGAACAGGAACGAGAAUACGCCGUGCUGUGAUAGUCAGGCUUGAGGGAGGACUAUACCUCAAUUAGAGUAAUUGCUUUGAGAGUGGGCUCUUCCAAAUGAGGAAGAAAGCCCUGGGGAAUAAAAUCCCUGUGGCCCAGUCCAAAGUGAGGGGCAGGGUUUACUGGGCAACAGACUAUUGAGAAGUAGGGAAGGGUCUGUUAGAGUUCAGUUCUUCCCUGAAGGAGGUCUGAUCAUCAACUACUGAAGGACAAAGGGAGUCCAACUGCCUUGGGCUGAGAAUCAACUGGGAGUUCCCUACCUGGAAGGACAGGGACCAGUUUAGCUAGAUGUGUCAGGGAAUUUAUUUAUUUUUGUUUAAGUGCUUGAAUCUGACAGCAUGGUUUCUGCAGUUCUUGGAGAAGGUUUUUACUUGAAUGGAAGCAGCAAUUGUGAUGCCUGUAUACCAUCCAAUUACUAAUAAA